AUGGCGGCCAACCCAGCACCCAAUGACAGACCCCUGAUGGAUGAAAGCACCUUCAUCAACAACUUCAGUGAUUUUAUGCUGCGCCAAACGUACCUGUGCUACGAGGUGGAGGUCUCAGAGGGCGACUCCUGGACCCCAGUGGAGGAGUUCAAGGGCUUCGUGCGCAAUCAGGGUGCUAACACGUUCGAGCCACGCCAUGCAGAGCUGUGCUUCCUGGAUCAGAUCCGCUCCUGGAACCUGGACAAGGAGAAGAAGUACAGAGUCACCUGUUUCAUCUCCUGGAGCCCCUGCCCAGACUGUGCCAAUCACCUGGUGGAAUUCCUGGGCAAGGACAGCCACGUGAAGCUGCACAUCUUUGCUGCUCGCAUCCAUAGCAUCAAACCCGGAUAUGAGCUUGGGCUGCGUAGACUGCAGGCGGCUGGGGCCCAGCUCGCCAUCAUGACCUCCAGAGAGUUCACAUACUGCUGGGAAAACUUCGUGGACAACCAGGGCCAACCAUUCCAGCCUUGGACAAACCUGGAUGGAAAUAGUCAAGGCCUAUCUCAGAGGCUGAAGAACAUCCUCCAGAACCAGGAAAAGAACCCAAUGAGAAAGUUAUAUUUUGAUUAUUUCUACUUUCACUUUGUAAACUGGCCCACGCCCAAAGAUCGGAAUGGCUGCUACGUCUGCUACAAAGUGGAAAGAACCCAGAACGGCUCACCUCUUUCAUUUCACACGGGGGUCUUUGAAAACGAGUUCUAUCCGAGGAAGCCUGUCCACACAGAAAUCUGCUUCCUGAAUUGGUUCAAGGCGCAGAAGGCAUUCUUGGCCAAGAAUCUGUCCCAUGACGAGAAAUACCACAUUACUUGGUUCAUGUCCUGGAGCCCCUGCUUCGACUGUGCGAGGCGGGUCGUGGAGUUCCUGAGCGAGCACAGGCACGUGGAGCUGAGCAUCGUGGCCGCGCGCCUCUACUACUCCAAAGACCCACAGUACCAGCAGGGGCUCCGCAGUCUGGAGAGCGCGGGGGCGCAUGUGGCUAUAAUGUCUCAAGAUGACUUUUUCAACUGCUGGAACACUUUUGUGGACCACCAGGGGCUACCAUUCCGUCCCUGGAAUAACCUGGAUAGAAACAGUCAAAAGCUAUCUGAGAAGCUGAUGGACAUCCUCCAGAACCAGGAAAACUGAAGGAUGGGCUUCAUCUCGCCAAUCAAGUCAGGAGUCUUCUGGUGAAAGACAAACAGAACACUUUCUUCAAGAAAUGAAAACUCACUUGUCAUCAUCUCCAAACCGAAUCAAAGAAACCAGCAAUGGGCAAUGAAUGAGUUCAUAAGAAAAUUUUAAAAUAUCUGAUUGAUUUACCUCUCAUUUAAAAUCUGUGAUAUGUUCUAAAUACACACGGGUGAGAUUCCAUUCAAUACUACCAGAAGCAUUUUUUACUUUUAGAGAAAUAAUUACUUUCA